AUGUCUUCAGUUGAUGUAUUGUUAACAGUAGGUAAGUUGGAUGCCUCAUUGGCGUUACUGACUACUCAGGAUCAUCAUGUUAUUGAGUUUCCUACAGUAUUAUUACCAGAAAAUGUUAAAGCUGGAUCUAUCAUUAAAAUGCAAGUAUCUCAAAAUUUAGAGGAAGAACGAAAACAAAGAAACCAUUUUAAGAGUAUACAAGCUAAAAUCUUGGAGAAAUAUGGUACUCAUAAACCAGAAAGCCCAGUUUUGAAAAUUGUGAACGUUACGCAAACAAGCUGUGUUCUUGCAUGGGAACCAUUGAAACUUGGCUCAGCAAAAUUGAAAUCUCUGAUCCUUUAUAGGAAGGGAAUACGUUCGAUGGUAAUUCCAAAUCCAUUUAAAGUGACUACCACAAAAAUAUCCGGUCUUUCUGUUGACACGCCAUACGAAUUCCAAUUGAAGCUGAUAACUACGUCAGGAACAUUGUGGUCCGAAAAAAUUAUAUUGCGUACACAUAAAAUGACAGAUAUGUCUGGUAUUACUGUAUGUUUGGGUCCAUUGGAUUCAUUGAAAGAGAUUUCAGACGUACAGAUAUCUCAAUGUUUGUCUCACAUCGGCGCGAGACCUUUACAACGUCACGUUGCCAUAGAUACUACGCAUUUUGUCUGUAACGAUUUGGAUAAUGAAGAAAGCAAUGAAGAGCUGAUAAAGGCAAAGCACAACAACAUACCAAUUGUCAGACCAGAAUGGGUGAGAGCUUGUGAGGUCGAGAAAAGAAUUGUCGGUGUUAGAGGAUUUUACUUGGACGCAGACCAAAGUAUACUGAAAAACUACACAUUCCCACCAGUAAAUGAAGAAGAACUUUCACACUCGAAGGAAAAUGAACCGGUACCCGAAGUAGCAGAUGAAAAUAAGAAGCUCGGGGACACUACAGAUCUCGAACAGGUUGCAUCGCAUAAUGAUGAUGAGGACAAGCUUUCGCAAGUUAAGGAACAAGAAGGAAAGAAUGAAGAUGAAGCCGCUCAAGUAAGCCCUACGGAAGACACAUUUCAUGCUUCAACCGCCUUGGAGAAUGAAACCACUGUUGAAACUGUCAAUCCAUCGCUACGGAGUUUGAAAAGUGAACCUGUCGGUACUCCAAAUAUCGACCAAAACAAAGUGGCCUCUUCCGCAGAGGGCAUGGAAGAAGAACCCACCGAAACUGUGGCUGAAACUUUUUCGAAUGAAGAAGCAAUAGAUCAGAAGAUUGACGAUGCCGAUACUCACAUUAACGAGCAAGCUAGUGAUGGAUUGGCGGGGACUGAAGAAAGAGCCGAAAACGAUAUAAAUAAAGAAGUUGUAAGGGAAAAUGACGAAACCACAGAAGACUUCCCCGUGGAAUCCGAACAUUUAGAAGCUGAAUCUGAAACCCCGGAAGUAAAUGAAUCGGCAGAACCAGCCAGCGAGCCUGUAGAACCAGCCAGUGAACCCGCAGAGGAAACCAAUGAACCUGUAGAACCAGCCAGUGAACCCGCAGAGGAAACCAAUGAACCUGUAGAACCAGCCAGUGAACCUGCAGAGGAAACCACUGAACCUUCAGAGGAAACCAAUGAACCUGCAGAAGGAACUUAUGCAUCCUCUAAUGAAAUCGCUGCUCCGAGAUAUCAAGAAGAAGAUAUAGAACUUGAAACCGUACCUAAAGUCGCCACUGAAAAUGCUACAGUGGACCCAUGCAAUGAACCAACAAAACCAGAAAAAAUAGUUGCAGGGGCACAAGAUGAUGCAAACGAUCCUUCCAUAGGAGCUGCUUCGAACGAAAAUAUUCCUGACCAAAAAACUGAUAUUUCUGCUUCUAUUGAAGGCAGUGAGAUCACGGAAGAGCAGGAGACGACGGAAGCUGACGUAGCUGCCGAUGACGUUUUGGCUACUGAAGAACCCAAAAAAAAUAACGGCAGUAGCAACAGCAACAACAAUAAUAAGAAGAAAAAUAAGAGGAACAAGAAAAAGGGGAAAAAGAAAUGA